AUGAUGGAGCUUCUUUCUCUGCUUCUGUUCCAGGGAUGGCAUAUUGACCUACAAAAAGAAGUGGCCAUAAAGAUCAUCAAUGACCCGGAGAAUGAAAAAUACCAGGAAGAAGAACUGGAAAUCCUCCGGAAGGUCACCGGCCACCGCAAUGUCAUCAAGUUUUACGGGGCAUUUUAUCACCGGGCCCCGCGCAGGAGCACGCCGAAUAAAGGUCUAUCGAUCUCUAUGGAACUGUGCACUGGUGGGACCAUCCGUGACCUCAUGAGCGGAAGGAAAAACAAUUCUUUGGGCGAGAAGUGGACGGCUUAUAUCUGUAAAGAGGUGAUAAAGGGUCUGUGCCCACCUAGAGACAGUGGAAGUCAUCCCAUCAUGACAUCAAGCCCAUCAAUCUAA